CUACACUCUGUCCCUCACACAUUUGGAUCCCAUUCUGGUGACAACACACUCCAUACCGCUGCUACAGAGAGCUAUGUUUUCAACAGUUUUUUACUCUUUCCAUUUCACAUGCAGUGUUCUUUUCUAAACGACAGGACCAGACCCUGUGACGGUACGCGGAGCUGUUGGUCUCGUUAUAACGCGUAUAGCUGCCUUAUCGGGACCGAUGUUUGAAAAAGCUUAUACCCCCGCAGAGGUGUUGCUUCUUUGUUCAUAGCUUAAUUUUACUUCCCGAAGAAGAAUUGACUGGAUUUGUUGUUUUGUUUUUCUUUCUUUUUUUUUUCAUUCCAAGAAUUCAAGAAAUAGCAUGAUUCUUUGUGUACCAGGUCCCAGAGCUCCUCUGCCUGCUACUCCAUCCACUGACAUCCCGCGGGGCAUGCGGGCAGGAACUGUACCUCCUGCCCCUUGUCUUCAAAACACCCCUCCACUAUGGGACCCCACAAAGGAUCUGCAGGCAAUUGCCAGUAAUUUCUGCUAUCUAGAAAAUUCAGGAUGGUACUGGGGUGCUGUAACUGCAGCUCAGGCCCACGCUGCACUUCAAGAAGCAUCUGAAGGAGCUUUCUUGGUACGGGACAGCAGCCACCCUCUGUACAUGCUGACCCUUUCGGUCAGGACUGUACGCGGUCCCACCAGUAUACGGAUCCAGUACAGCAGCGCCCAGUUUUUGCUUGACUCCAGCUCCCCAGCCCAGCCCAGCCUGUCAUCCUUCCCUAACGUGCCCAGCCUGGUGCAGCACUACAUGGGACCAAAGAGGAAAGCAAAGGAGGGGAAGGUGGAUGAGGAAGUUCCUCCGAAACAUUCUCAGCAGACAAUUCAGGAUGCAACGGUGGUAUUAAAACUGAAGCGGGCCUUGUACAAACCCCAGGAGCCUCCCUCCUUACAGCACCUCACACGCCUCGUCAUCAACAGACACUCUGACUGCCCUGACCAGCUACCACUCCCGAGGCCUCUGCUGCGUUACAUACAGGACUAUCCCUUCAAAGUAUGAGGGGGGGUCCCUGAAGUCCAAUAUUGUGGCUGAAUCUCAGCUGACUUUACAAAAAGGUCCUUGCCUGUAAAUGACAUUGCUGCUCCAGCAGUUGUAGGCCAGUCUCAAAAAUACUGGACACAGGGUCAUGUUUUUGCUGACGAAAUAUGUACACAUUCAGUUAAUACUUGCGUGCCUGGUUUCACGCUUAAUUUGUCCAGGACUGGGUGGUGAAGUAUCCCAGAGAAAGAUGACUUAUGAGCGAACUUCAGUACUGUAAUCUACACUUUUUUUAUGAAGAAUGUGGAAAUUGUCCAUAUCCAUUUUACCUUCAUCAAUUGUGGAUGUACAUACUGUUCCUAGGAAGUACAGCAAUUCCAUCUAUACGUCUUUUAUGCCAUUUUAUUUUUCCCAGUAAGACAUUUUUCUACCUUUUACAUGUUCAUUUUUCUAUUAAAAUAAGCAAGUGGAGGCUAA